AUGGGGUCUGUUUCAGAGAUGCUCACAGCGGUGCCCCUUCACCAGAGGCCCGAUCUCCUAGAGGCCUGUGCCGACCUCAUCAAUGAAGAGUGGAAAAGGAGCAGGACCUCCCGCAUCCACUCCCUGCAGAGAUCCAGCAACAGCUUCCCCAUGUGCCUGGUGCUGAUUAGGACCCAGAGAUCAGUGGAAGACACCGCAGAAGGGAAGACAGCCAAGAGUCAGUGCCAACUCCUGGGGCAUGCCAGGCUGUCCCGUGUGGUUGGCCAGCCCAAGAGCUUGUUUGUGGAGACGGUGGUUGUUGCCAAGGCCCUCCGGGGAAAGGGCUAUGGCAGGAAGCUGAUGGAAGCUGUUGAGCAGUACGCCAGGUCCUGCAGCUAUAGGCGCCUGCACCUCACCACCCACGACAAGCAGCAAUUCUACGCCCACCUGGGUUACAGCUUGUCCAAGCCAGUUCAGUGUGCGGGAUUCACGAGUUCCCUUGUACCUAUGGAGUUUCUGGAGAGCUUCUCUCCCCUUCAGCAGGACAAGGAACUUCCCACAGGGUCUGGGAGGCAUGAGCCAAGUGCGUCUUGCAGCAGGAGAUGCGGUGCAAGCCUUCCUCCAUUGCCACCUUCAGCACACCUUUCCUCAUUCGCGGUUUGUUCAGCGGCUUCUCCUCCCCCACCACCCCCAUUGCUUCCUGUUCAUUCUUAUCUGCCAGCAGCCACAACCAUUUCUCCCCCUCCCCGCCUGCCAGCUUCUGUAGCUUCCCACAGUUCCUCUUCCCAGGCCAUGAAUGCUUCUGUUCCGCCCUCGCAAUCAGCCACUGUGCCUCUUUUUGCUGCAAACCUUCCUCCCCCUCCCCCACCUCCUCUUCCUCCCCCUCCGCCCAUGGCCCUUUCGGCAGGCCAUCCCGAUUCCUCUUCUACCUCAUCGGGAGACAAAGCCCAGAGCCAGCUGUUUCUAGAAACGCCAUAUCAUGACCUGAAGGGGCGGCCCAUAUUCUGGAUGGAGAAAGACAUAUGA